AGAUAGUGAUGCCAAAUCGAUCUCAUGCCAAAAGCCAAGGCCUGCCACGAACUACCACAAAACUGCAUUUGGUGCAAUGACCACUGUUAAUCCCAUACAGGAACAACAGCAACUAGAACAAAAUAAGUGUGAGGUCACUGCCUGCUCUGGAUUCAGUCAUGGGAUGGGAGGUGUCGAGAAGGCACAUAUUGAAGACAGGCCUCGUCUUUCAUAUUAUUUAUGA